ACUAAAAUGCACAUAACUGAAAAUUUUGGAGGUGCAUGCCCUGGACUAGAUUCGUACCUACACCCUAUGGAAUCAGAGGCAGAUGUCAUAUCCACUGGGCUAUCACGGCUCUCAAUAAUUGCUAUUACGGAGUUAAUCUAAUAAGACUUUAUGAUAAGAUUGGCCAGCCAUAAGUGUUCUAGAACAUUCUAUGUUGCUAUUGAUGGGAGCACUUGAAACAAUAUAAUCUCCACUAGUAAUAAAUUAUAAUUGCUCCUUAUUAUUGUAAUUGAUUGCAAGAUUCGAUUAUCUUUUAGUGAUAUCUCUUUAUUUAUUUAUACCACUUUGUUACAUUUUUGUAACUUGACUGCAUUUUACUUGAUAACAUUGUAUUAGUUACUUUGCGAUAUUAUCAGUUCAAUAUAAUUAAAUCUCUAUAACUUACUUAUAGACCUUGGCCUCACUGAACUGUAGUAAGUUCUAUAUUAGAACGGGUCUCCAAAGCUGCUCUAAUAGUAUCUUACCAGAUUUGGCUAGGGAGAACAACACGAGUGGAGGAGAGCAGUGUUUAUUGAUUGUCAAGGAAUUCCUUAACCCUAUAAAGUCCAGGACUCUGCUUGGAGAUUUUCUCUCUGCCACGCGAUGGACCCCACACCGGCAGAGUGAAUCCAUGGAAUGCUAAGAUAUUUGUCUCUUUUGUAACCUUAAGAAUCUUGAUUAAUUUACUUAAUCGGGUGCAAGAACUAGGCUGAUGCGUGUUUUUCAAGAUGCCAAUUCACUGAUAAAGGUACUCAAGGUGCAAAUUUAAUGUGUAUUUGGUGUGUUAAACUAAAUAUUCACUGCCUGAUGUCUUAUUGAAAUUCCCAAUCACAAUAUGCUGCUUAUGACAAUUAUGGAUUUCUUGCGACUGAAUGAGGAAUGCUUUUCGUUUCUCAUAUUUUUACAGCAUCCCAGGUAGCUUUAAAUGCUCUCGAGAGUUUUGCAUCAAAAUGAAGGUAAAAAAAUAUCACCAAAUUUUCGCUUCCUCAUCGAAUUCCUUUGUAACCUGUCGCAUAACAAUCAAUAUAAUAAAAAAAAUAAUCAAUUUUUCGAUAAUGAACGCGAUAAACGUUUAAGCGGUCACAUUCAUGUUGAUAGUAGCUAUCAAUCGCAUCGAUGUGUCAUGUACUGAUAUUGAGAGGCUCGUUAUCGGAAGGCGCUCAGUGACUACGUGUCUGCAACACUGUUAACACUGUCGAAACAUGGCUGAAUAUCGCGCAGGUAAAGCCGGCAUCAACGCCGAGGCUCAAGCGAGGAUCAACAGCAAAUACAACAACGACAUCGCCCAAGAAACUCUAGAAUGGAUACAGAAGAUCACCGGCUCACCGGAAAACACGUCCGGUGACGUCGACAACCUCUACGAAGUCCUCAAGGACGGCACACUCCUCUGCAACUUGGUCAACAAGUUUCAAGAGGGCUCAGUGAAGAAGAUCAACCAAUCGACGAUGGCAUUCAAAUGCAUGGAGAAUAUAAACGCGUUUCUAGAAGCAGUGAAGAAGCUGGGUGUACCACCGCAGGAGACGUUCCAAACUAUCGAUCUUUGGGAGAAACAAAACCUUUAUUCUGUCGUUGUAUGUCUUCAGUCGUUAGGCAGGAAAGCCGGAAACUUCGGCCUUCCGUCUAUAGGGCCUAAGGAAUCUGACAAGAACGUCAGAGAGUUCUCCGAGGAGCAACUGAAGGCCGGCCAGAACGUGAUAUCCCUGCAAUACGGAUCAAACAAGGGCCAACAGACUGGCAUAUCCUUCGGCAACAGACGCCAAAUGUGAACCCUGUACAGUAUUAUAAUAUGUAAUUUAUUCUUUUUGUAUUAAAAAUAAUAAAUGUUUUUUGUAAUUUGGU